GGUGGUUUAUUGCCGGUGUGAGGCGGAGAAGGGAAACUUUGUGCCGCCGGAGAAGCCCAGGGUUUGACUGGCUACUGUUCGUUCUUAGAGCUCAGAUAAGAGCAAACAAAACCACCCAAGUAUUACGGGUUUCCACCUUCUUGUUCAAACUAAAAAAGGGCGCCAACUAUAGUUCUACAAAACUCUCCCCAUCAUAGGGAUUUUCUUUGAAGUCAAUACAGAAGAAAAUCGAUGGCGAUUGAGUGUCUUGUUCUAGGCGCAGGACAAGAGGUAGGUAAGAGCUGUGUGGUAGUAUCUAUCAAUGGGAAAAGGAUUAUGUUCGAUUGUGGGAUGCAUAUGGGUUAUGCUGAUCACCGCCGUUACCCUGAUUUCUCUCUUAUUUCAAAAUCCGGCGACUUCGAUGAUGCCCUCUCUUGCGUUAUUAUUACUCACUUUCACUUGGAUCAUAUUGGAGCUCUUCCGUACUUCACUGAAGUUUGUGGUUACAAUGGACCAAUUUACAUGACGUUAACUUUUCUACAGUAUCCUACCAAAGCUUUGGCUCCCCUUAUGCUAGAAGAUUACCGGAAGGUGAUGGUUGGAAGGGGAGAGGAAGAGCAGUUCACUUAUGAAAACAUCCUUGACUGUAUGAAGAAAGUUACCGCCGUGGAUCUCAAGCAAACGGUGCAAGUUGAUAAGGACCUUCAAAUCCGUGCUUACUAUGCUGGACAUGUCCUUGGAGCUGCAAUGUUUUAUGCCAGUAUGGGAGAUGCUGCUAUGGUAUACACAGGAGAUUAUAACAUGACACCUGAUAGGCAUCUUGGAGCAGCUCAAAUCGACCGAAUGCAAUUAGACGUUCUUAUAACUGAGUCAACAUAUGCGACAACUAUUCGUGAUUCAAAAUAUGCUCGAGAGAGGGAAUUUCUUAAGGCUGUUCAUAAAUGUGUUGCCAAUGGAGGGAAGGUGUUGAUUCCUACAUUUGCUCUUGGAAGGGCUCAGGAACUCUGUAUAUUGCUGGAUGAUUACUGGGAGCGGAUGAAUCUGAAGGUUCCUAUAUACUUCUCAGCAGGUUUGACAAUGCAAGCUAAUUUGUAUUACAAAGUGCUCAUUAAUUGGACUAGCCAGAAGGUGAAAGAUACAUAUGCUACUAGAAACGCAUUUGAUUUUAAAAAUGUUCACAGCUUUGACCGCUCGUUACUAGAUGCUCCUGGACCCUGUGUUCUUUUUGCUACACCAGGAAUGAUUAGUGGUGGUUUUUCACUUGAAGUUUUUAAGCAUUGGGCUCCUAGUGAAGCAAACCUUAUUACACUUCCAGGGUACUGUGUUGCUGGAACCGUGGGACACAAAUUGAUGUCUGGUAAGCCCACAAAAGUUGAUUUGGAUAAGGACACACAAAUUGAUGUGCGCUGCCAGAUUCAUCAACUGUCUUUUAGUCCCCAUACGGAUGCCAAAGGAAUUAUGGAUCUCGUCAAAUUUCUCUCCCCCAAACAUGUAGUACUUGUACAUGGCGAAAAACCAAAAAUGGAUCUGCUUAAAGCAAGAAUCAAAUCAGAACUGGGAAUUCAAUGUUAUGAUCCAGCAAAUACCGAAACUGUAUCUUUCCCUUCAACCCAAUUUGUCAAAGCCGAUGCCUCAAACACAUUCAUCCGUAGUUCUUUAACACCCAACUUCAAGUUCCUAAAAGAUGAAGUUAAAGCCAUGGCCCCACUAGAGGUUUGUGAUGAAAGAGUAACCGAAGGAAUCUUAGCUAUGGAGAAGGGUCAAAAGGUCAAGAUUUUACACCAGGAUGAGCUUCUAACCAUGCUUGGAACCGAAAAAGCUGAAGUUGAGUUUGGUUACUGUUUUGCAUUGCAUAUAUGCAGUUUAAAAAGAGUUUUGCCUGCCAUUGAAGAAAUUUCUGUUUUUGAUGAGAACUUGUUGCUUUCGGUUUUGAAUAUGAAAUUGUCGAAUGAGGUGGGGAUGCAGGAUCGCGUGGGAAGUCUUGAGGUGAACUCUUUUCGGCUUUCGAUAUGUAAGAAUGAUAAGUGCCCUCAUAGAAGAAAUGGUGAUGGUGAUGGUAAUGGUGAUGGGUCUUCUGAAGGCAUAUAUUUUUGCUGCAAUUGGUCAAAUCUGGAUAUGAAGCUUGCUUGGAGAGUUAUAUCUCUAUUGAAGAACAUGGAUUCAGGUGUUGAUUUGUAAAAUUAACAUCAAUUUAUGGAGACAAUUUUGUUAAACCGAGUUCUUGUUGGUAGUGUAAGAAUCUGAAAAUGAACGUAUUUUGGUCGAACUGUAUAUUAUUUCACUUACGCGAGUAUUGUCU